CCAUUGCCUUUGCCUUAUACAAACCACGGGCCCGGCUGUACUACCUUCCCUGCCUCCUGCGGACCCGGAGGUGGCCUUGAGACUUGGGUAUCUUUUCGCGUACUGGGCAGCUGGCAGGUACCUACGUCCGCUGUGGCAGGUACAACCUUCACUGCAGCUAGGAAGGUACAGCUGGAUUGGCAUUAGGCCUGGAUCGCACUUACUACUUUGGGCGAUCUGCUCUGUGCAUGCCUACGUAGUAGAUUUCGAUGUGUGGCAGGUGCGAGAUGUACUCUGUACUUGGUACCUGCUUUCAGGCGGUCUCCUGCCAUCAUCCCUUCCCACCCCUUCCUCUCUUUCCCUCCAAUAAUCGCCAUCGUCACCAUCCCAACCUUCCACCACAUGUUUUCACUCGCCUUGGUCUUCUAAUUCCUCGAGACUUCUUAAAUUUCUUCUUCUCCAUAUCCCAUUUCUUUUACGCCCUUCUUGUUUUUUUUUUAUUCCUUGCGCCCGCCCAGUCCCGCAACCUCCUCCCCGGGACUUCAAUUUUACCCUCUCCUUCUCGACCAGAAUACCCAGUUGAGAAGCUUCCGUCAACACCUUUUCCAAACCGGCGGAAGAGAGAGAGAGAGAGAGAGAGAGAGAGAGAGAGAGAGAGAGAGAGAGGGAGGGAAGAAAAAACAAAGAGGGUAAAUCUUGGUACUAACCCCGGCUCUCGGCAGGUAGAUAGCUUGCCCGCUGUCUCGUCAACGCAAAUACUUGUACCUAACGGAUACCUUCUCAACGUCACGCUCCGUCUCCGAUCCCGAGGCCUCUCGUUAUUCAUCAUCCUUUUUUUCCUUUUCUACGGAUAUCCACCCGGUCAUAAGCCUUCAGUUCCUUGGUUCCCUCCGUCCAAGGUCUCACUUUUGGCUGCGAACUCGAGGCGAAAUCCACUCUUGCCAUCCAGCUUCUACCGGCUCACCUCACCCAGGGCUGCGCCUGUCUUGCCUCUCAGAUCGGGGCACAGCCUGCCUCUGCUGUGCAGUCGAGCCCACACCCGUGGACUCGCCAGAAAAAUCCCGCCCCACCAGCCCUCGGCCGCCGAGUAUCUUACAAGUCCUUGACUCGACUACCAGGGACUUCGGAGUGGCUUUUCGCCACUGAUCAAGUCAGCCGACCCCACCACGACUCCAACAAGAGGGCCCCUCUGUACCGCCCUGUGGUCCUGUGGGUUCGACCUGCAACCCCGGCACCACGAGCCUUUGGGAACGCACGCUUUGCACGACACCCCCCGGUCUCAGCGCUCGAGACCCCUACCUCCCCCCAGUGCCACCUGCAUCCAGCGAGGACCCAGAACCUUUUAGA